AUGGACAUCCAAAAUAUUUCACCUCCCAGCGAAGUUGUUGACGGCGGCAUACCACCUAGCCGCGGCGGCAGGUCAUCUAGCCGCGACGACGGCCAUCGGCGCCGCGACAGCAGGUCAUCUAGCCGCGACGACGGCCAUAGGCGCCGCGACAGCAGGUCAUCUAGACGCGACGACGGCCAUCGGCGCCGCGACAGCAGAUCAUCUAGCCGCGACGACGGCCAUCGGCGCCACCACGGCAGGUCAUAUGGCCGCGACGACGGCCAUCAACGCCGCGACUACGGCAGCAGGAGGUCGCCGUCCAACACCAACACUUCCCCAAGUCGGCGCAGCAUGUCACCGGUGUCAUCCGGCCACCCCGGUCUGGCGCAAGCAAAAAUCCAAACAUGCAAAUGGUGA